CGCCCCUGCCGGCGGCGCACGCUCCAGCACCUCUAACCCGGGAAGCGGAAGGCGCUGAGGAGGGCGCUGCGGGGCCGCCAGCGGCUUUAACGAUUUUAAACGGCUUUAACGGCGCCCCCGUUCUCUCCCCGCCCCGCCAGGAGCAGCGUGGAGCCGGCCGGCGCUAGAGGUGACCAACUGCAAGGAAACGCUCCUCGGACAGCCCCAGCUUUUGUGUGAAGCACAUGGCAGGGAUGGAACAGCAUCGUCAGCCUCUGGAGAAGAAGGCUGCCUUGUAACUCAGCAGUUUGAGAUCAUUUCUACUUUGGGAAGAGCAUGACUGCAGUUAGCAGUUCCUUGCUGUCACAACAGCGGAUUGUGUGCUUGCCAUCUUCAUCUUUACCAGGCCACAUAUUCUUUUCAUCUCCUAUCUCAUUAUUAAAAACAUGGUACUUCAGUCAUCAUUCAAGAACUGCCUACAGUUAUCCUGCAUCCUCAGGACUCCAAAAGCUGGCUUCAGAGACGCAGCUAGUGGAGGACUCAUUAUCCAGUCUCUUUCUAAUGAUGUUUACCACAAUCUAGCAGUGGAAGACUGGAUCCAUGACCACAUGAAUUUAGAGAACCGGCAGGUCCUCUUCCUGUGGAGAAAUUCCCCAGCUGUGGUAAUAGGGAGACAUCAGAAUCCCUGGCAGGAAUGCAAUCUCAAGCUAAUGAGGCAAAAAAAUAUAAAAUUAGCCCGGAGGAGAAGUGGAGGAGGGACAGUUUACCAUGACUUAGGCAAUAUCAAUUUGACUUUCUUCACAACGAGGAAAAAAUAUGAACGAAUGGAAAACUUGAAGCUAGUUGUGAAGGCACUGAAAGCCUUGCGGCCACAGUUAAAUAUCCAUGUCACUGACAGGUAUGACAUCUUGCUAGAUAGGCAAUACAAAAUCUCAGGUACUGCUGCAAAGCUGGGAAGGACAACCGCUUAUCACCACUGUACCUUACUCUGUAAUGCAGAUAAGUUUGUUUUAUCUGAUGUGCUAAAGAGCCCUUAUAAAGGACUAAAAAGCAAUGCCACUCCCAGUGUGCCUGCAUCAGUGAAAAAUCUCUUCGAAGAGGAUCCUAGUUUAACUUGUGAGAUGCUACUGGAUGCCAUUGCUGAAGAAUAUGCUAUGCAACACCAAAUAGAUCAUCAUAUCACCUUAAUAAACCCAACUGAUGAGACUGUGCUUCCUGGAAUUAAUAAUAAAUCUAAAGAACUACAAACCUGGGAAUGGAUUUAUGGGAAGACACCAAAGUUCAGCGUUAGUACGUGUUUUAACAUGGUCUAUAAGGAUUCUGUUCUUGAUGUUAAAGUAGAUAUGGAUGUAAAGCAUGGAAGAAUUGAAGCCUGUAACAUUGAUCUGCCGGAGCAGUGGCUGCCACCAGCCCUGUGCAGUGAACUGGUGAAGAGCCUUUCUGGCAGUAAGUUUUGCCCAACCGAAACCACUGCAUUAUCAAGCACAUUACUAAGAAUGUGUCCACAAGAUGACGAGUUGCACAGCAAGUGGAAUCUGUUAUGUGAGAAUAUGACAAUGUUAAUGUGACUCGCAUUUUGAAAUUAUUAAUUAAACCUCUGCUGCUAAUUUAUUGAAAACAGAAUUAAAGGGUUAAUUUCUACAA